AAAAAGGUGGCUUGCCAACCGCCAUUAACAGGAGAAGAAGACGACGAAGACGGAAAGAGAAGAAGAAUACAAUAAACGACAUGGCAGAAAGCUAAGACAGCGACAUCUCAAUUGGUCUAAAAUGGGGCGGUCCAGUACUCGGAGGCGUUAUCAUGAGGAUGGCAUCUCAGAUGAGGAAAUUGAUGGCAAAAGAAUGUUUGAUCUGGAGGAAAAGGUCAACAGCCAAAGAUUCCCCUCUGAUCGGAUCAUUCGCAUGAAAGGAGAAGAUUUUACUUAUGAGUUCAUCCAAAGAGGUGGCAUGAAAGACCCACUCCUCUUUGAGGAAACUGACGGCCUGGGGAUAAAGAUGCCUGAUCCAGACUUCAGUGUCACUGAUGUCAAGAUGUUUGUUGGUAGCAGACGUAUGAUUGAUGUCAUGGAUGUGAGCACUCAGAAGGGAACAGAGAUGUCCAUGGCCCAGUGGACACGUUAUUAUGAGAGUUGUCCGUCUCAGAGGGAGAAACUCUACAAUGUCAUCAGUCUGGAAUUCAGCCACACAAAGAUGGAAACUUUGGUCAAGAGACCUUCCACGCUAGAUCUUAUCGACUGGGUUGACAACAUGUGGCCUCGUCACUUGAAAGAGAGGCAGAGGGACUCGACCAACUCAAUUAGUGACAUGCAGUAUCCCAAAGUGCAAAAAUACUGUCUGAUGAGUGUGGAUGGAUGCUAUACAGACUUUCACAUCGACUUUGGAGGCACAUCUGUGUGGUAUCAUGUUCUGAGAGGCAGCAAGGUUUUCUGGUUGAUCCCUCCAACCACUCAGAACUUAGAGCUGUAUGAAAACUGGGUGCUGUCUGGAAAACAGGGUGAUAUUUUUCUGGGCGAUCGAGCAUCUGAAUGCCAGCGGAUAGAACUUCUGCAAGGGUGUACCUUCAUCAUACCGUCAGGUUGGAUUCAUGCUGUCUACACACCCGUGGAUUCGAUUGUGUUUGGAGGAAAUUUUCUCCACAGCUUUAACAUUCCUAUGCAAUUAAACAUCUGCAAUAUUGAGGACCGCACACGGGUUCCAGUGAAGUUCCGUCACCCAUUCUUUUAUGAAAUGUGCUGGUAUGUGUUGGAGCGAUAUGUCUUCAGUCUGACCAAGACGUCUUAUCUUACGCCAGAUUUCCAGAAAUGGUCUAUAGGCACCGAUCCAGCUAGUGAACGAAUGAAAGAAGAAGAUACAAGUGCACCUGAAGAAGAUGAUUCAGAGCAGCUGUCUGAAAGACCAGUUCUUUUCACUCCGUUGGAACUGGAGGGGUUGUGGACCUUGGUGGGGAAACUUGAGUCACUGCCAUCCAACAAGAAGUGUGUCCCUGCAGGGAUACACAAUUCCCAGGCACUCAUCACACAUUUUAAGGCAAUACUAAAGGAGCACGCUAACGACAAUCCCAAACAAGCUUACACUGGAAAACCUAUUGUCAGGUGGCCAAAGAGGACGAUAACUUAUCAUCCACCUCCUCCACCACAACCUCAUCUUCGUUCUAAACCCACCAAUGCUCCAAUCCAACGCACACAGAAGCCUGCUUCUUCCAUGUCUGUUCUGAGAAGGCGUAGGGUCAGAUGUAAGCGCUGUGACGCAUGUGUCAGAACUGAAUGUGGAGACUGCAAUUUCUGCAGAGACAUGAAGAAGUUUGGAGGACCUGGAAAGCUCAAGCAAACGUGUGUGCUGCGCCAGUGUCUCUCGCCUGGACUUCCACUGUCGGCAGUUUGUGAAGUAUGCAAGGAGCCCAAUCACGAGGAAACUGGAGAUGGCUUCUAUUCUCUGAUGGAAUGUUCCAACUGUGCACAGAUCGUCCACCCUGCUUGCCUCACGGUUCAGGGUGAAGGAGUUAUCAAUAAAGACCUACCGAGUUGUUGGGAAUGUCCAAAGUGUAUUGAAGGGCUCAAUGACUCUGAGGUACGCAACUGAAAACCGUGAACAGCCCAGAUUUACUUGACAUGCUUACUUCAUCACUUUCUUUUUCCUUCUUCUUUCCAGAAACGGAAAUCGUCUACUCUCCUGGAUGCCCGCAUGGCAAAGAUCUUCCGACAACAAAGACACAACCGUGAUGGAGAUUCCAGUGACGACGAGGAUGAAGCCACUCAGAGAAAAAGGAUGCGGCUUCAUCGAGGGGGGCAUUCUUCUUCCAGGAGAGGGUUUGGUAGCAACCGGCGGGGACUCCUCAAAGGAGGGUUGGCCCUGAGAGGAAGCCGGGAAAGUCCUUCCCUCAUGAAGAUGAAGGCUGGAAGUGGCAUGAAUGGCAGGCGGAGGAGAGGGGUGAGGUUGAGGGGGGGCUCCAGGAUCCAGCAAAGAGGACAUUCAACUGAGGAGUCUGAUUAUGAAGAUGAAGAGGAGGAUGAUGACGGUAGUGAAAACGGAGACCAAGAUCAGCCUCCUUAUCAGCCUAGUAGGAGGUUCAAGACUGAAGAUGAGGAAGAUGAGGACAGCGAGAGACAGGAGUUUGACCUUGACGAAGAGGAAAUGGACAAUUUUGAAGAUGAAGAUGGGCAGGAAGAGUUCUGGGAUUCUGACCCAGAACCUCCAGUGCUGCUGGUGUCUGAUCUGAAUGAUGACAUCCUGUGUGGAUCCUACCUGACUGUGACUCUGCAAAGUCCCAACAAGACCGACAGACCUGGUUCUAUAGUUCCCAAACUGGAAGCUGCCAUGGGUUUUAAGACACUAAAUGCAGGUGGGCAUCCGGGCUUGAACAAAAAGUCCACUUUGUCCAAACCUUCACGCUUCAAGAGCAGUGACAACAAACGUGAUGGACAAAGUCAACAAGGACCAGGAAGGUCAGGUCUCCGCAGUAACUACGUCACUCGGGGCACCGCUGUGUCCUCCGAGGAAGAGGACCUGCCUGUCUCUCCCACGCUUCCAUCCCUGCCGUUCACUUCCUUUAAGGACGUGGGUGACAGUGGAGGCGAGAAGGACGUGUGGGUGUCUGUGUUCAAGUACCUGAACAGAGCUGAGUUGCUGAAGUGCAUGACGGUGUGCAAAGCCUGGUACAAGUGGACGUUUGAUAAGCAUCUUUGGAGUCGUAUGGAUUUGAGUCGCUGCAGCCCUCUGAGUAACAAAGCAUUGGCAGGCAUCAUAAAACACCGGCCCACCUCCUUGGACCUGUCAUGGACCCCUCUGGCCAAAAGACAGCUCACUUGUCUUCUCAGCAGACUUCCAGGUCUUCGUGAAUUAAGGCUUGCUGGAUUGUCGUGGUCGUGCCUGUCAGCUCUAGCCUCCCCCACCACGCCCCACCUUCGACUGCUAGACCUGCGCUGGUGUGAAGGAAUUAAAGAUGAUCAAAUCAAAGAGCUCCUCACCCAACAUGGCUCGGAGUCUUCUCGCUGCAGACUGAAGAACAUGCUGACAUUGCACCUUUCCGGUCUGGAGAUCAGCGAGUCCACCGUGAGGCUGCUACAGCGUCAUAUGCCACACCUGGAGAAGCUCGACCUGGCUCACUGCAAGGACAUAACAGAUUCCUCUGUAGCACUGCUGGCUGCGGGGGGCACUCAGACACGCAACCACCUUAGUGAACUCACUCUCACAGGUUGCUGCCAGCUGACAGAUGGAUGUAUGUCGUACCUGAAGAGACUGUCCUCUUUGGCUCUUCUGGACUUGAGAGGCUGCACGAGCAUCAGCAUGCAAGCCUGCAACGCCUUCAUCGCUGACCAGUCGCACGCCGCCGUGUACUGCAUGAUGGAGGACAGGCUCAUCCAGUGUCUCGUCUAACACAUCACAACAUGCGUCCCAGAACUACUGCAAGGUUUGUAGUUCAACAUGCACUCCAAGCAACUGAAGUAGAAGACAAGUAUUGUUAUGUAUUGCCUAUGAAAGACUGAGAUACUUUUAAAGCAUCAUGGGAAAGGACUGGAACGCCCUUGUCUGUGGACGACGCUGACUCGGUCGUUGUAAAAAAACUUGGGACAUUGUCUUGAUUGUUAUCUGGAUGCCAUUUUUACAAAAUGUAAUUAAAGUGGGAAUCAUUGUGUGCUAUAUUAUUAUGCAAGUGAUUU